UAGACGACACAAACAGAUUCUCUACUCGCAGACUCUGACCAGAUACAAACUUCAUGAUGUUUCCUCUGAGCCUCCUCCAGUCCUCACACAGCCCCCUGUGUACCUGCAGUGAGUCUGCACUCACACUCUGGCCGGCUACACGGCUGAUCUAUGGACAGCUGGAAGAUGAAGUGCUGAGCUUGAGGAACGAUAUGGACAGAAGAAUGCAGCGUGUGAAUCAGACUUAUCAGCUGCUCUCUCAGGACAUAGAGAUGAGAAGGAGAAUGGAACAGAGCAGACAAUCUGCAGCUAGAGAAGCUCAGACCAUCUCUACAAGAAGAGACAAAGAUGGGAAUAAAAGCUUUGCUCUCACCCUGGAUGUGAGUAAUUUCUCUCCUGAUGAACUGACAGCGAAAACAGAAGGAAGGAGACUGAUUGUAAUUGGGAAACAUGACAAGAAAUCUGACUCAAGGGAUGGAAGUUUCUUCCAUGAAUACAAAGAGUGGAAGAGAGAAACGGAGCUCCCUGAAGAUGUGAAUCCUGAGGACGUGUUGUGCUCCCUGUCCAAGGAUGGGCAGCUCCACAUACAGGCUCCUCGCCUAGCGCUGACAGCUGCAAAAGAGACAGCGAUUCCCAUCACCUUGUGCCAAGCGCCAGAAGAUGCGCAGCAAACCCCAGCUGUGACCCAAAACAGCGGCUCUGAGGAAGGGCAAGAAAAUAUACAGAAUGUAAAUUCUGUGAUGUGAAAGAUAAUGUGUAUUUUUGAUAAUACCUUUGUGGACGCUUAUUGCUGUGUAAAUUGCAUUUAUUUGCUUACUAAAAGUAAAAGAUGUAAAGCUUAGUAUUUUUGUAAAAGGUUAUAUUACUUAACUAAGCUAUUAAUGUUAAUAUUUUAUUUCCUUAAUAAAUAUUUAAAUUACUUUUAAAUUAUAGGUUGUCUUAUUUGUGGUAGAUAAUUAAAUCCAAGGCUUAUGUUUUGUAUUGAAUAAAAUAAAUUAGUUAUGGUGUUUUUACAAUCUUUUAGCCAUAACAUCAUCGUACUAUAUAUAUUUAAAAAUAGGUAGACACAAUAUAAAAUAUAUAAGCAAUAAAAAAACUACCAGCACGCACAUAGAAUUAUACAAUAGAUAUCAAAAUCAGACACCUAUUAUAUACAUAUUGCACAAGCUUACUCAAACGAAACAGGCAUCCUACAUAAAAAAUAUAGA